UUUCGAAAGAGGGAAGACAAAAAAAAAUGGAGAGCAGCAGCAAAGCGAACUCAUGGAGAAUGAAAGCAAAGAAGCGGAAGAUAUCUCUCGAGGACUACAUCGAUUUCCUUUCCUCUCACAAACAACUUCCUCUCACCCUCAGUUCCCUCAACCAGAUUAUCUUCAUUCACGGUCUCAAGAAAACGACAAACAUGCCCAAGAAAGCGUUGAGCGAAGCGGUGGAGAAGCUGAAUCUGAUUGAUCCAUCACGUUCCACGCUGAAAUCGAGCAUAUCAUCGAGCGCCUGGCUAACAGAGGAGGAGAUAAUCGGGGACCUCAACCGUCUGGAGUGGCAAGAGUGCUGCGUUACCUCCAUCCAAACCCUAAACUCAUCUCCCGAACAACAAUCCAUUCCCAAAGCCAAAGCCAAAGCCAAAAGGAAGAGAAGCGCGAGUGUUGCUGUUGCCGAAGGCGCUGAUUCCUUCUCCUCCGCUGUAGUUUCCUUUCAAUCAUCUUGAGACUUGAAUUGGUAAAUGCAUUCGAACUUAAUUUCAGCUUUCAAGUUUCAAGCCUUUCUGUUCAACAGAUUUGUAACGAUUGAUUAACCUGUUUUUGGGGGGUUAAGUAGUUGAACGCAAUGGUAGACCUGUGAUUCUCUAUAAUUUGGAAGGGCGUUUUUGGCCUUUUCAACUGAACCAGUUAUAGGUGUACAGAGAGGCGAGAGAAGGGCUAUAUUUGGAUUUGCACAAGUGGAGUAAGGGCCUUUGCGUCUUUUAACUUUGUGAAAAUGUAAUUAGCCAAAUGUUCUUUGUUUGUGUUUGUAAUUGCUGAUUUUCCAUCAAAUAUUAGAUUAGCUGACGUUAUAACUA